CCGGAUCCCCCUCCCCUGUCCCCAGCCCUUCACGUGCUGUUACCAUGGUAUCCCUCUUCUCGGGCCGCAUCCUGAUCAGGAACAACAGUAACCAGGAUGAAGUGGAGACUGAGGCCGAGCUGAGCCGCCGGCUGGAGAAUCGGCUGGUGCUGCUGUUCUUCGGUGCCGGGGCCUGUCCCGAGUGCCAGGCCUUCGCCCCAGUCCUCAAAGACUUCUUCGUGCGCCUCACUGAUGAGUUCUACGUGCUGCGGGCGGCACAGCUGGCCCUGGUCUAUGUGUCCCAGGACCCGACGGUGGAGCAACAGGACCUGUUCCUCAGGAACAUGCCUGAGAAGUGGCUCUUCCUGCCGUUUCAUGAUGACCUGAGGAGGGACCUCGGGCGCCGGUUCUCAGUGCGACACCUGCCUGCGGUCGUGGUACUCAAGCCGGGCGGGGAUGUGCUGACGCACGACGCGACGGACGAGAUCCAGCGCCUGGGGCCCGCCUGCUUCGCCAACUGGCAGGAGGCGGCUGAGCUGCUGGACCGCAACUUCCUGCAGCCGGAGGACCUGGACGAGCCCGCGCGGCGCAGCUUCACUGAGCCUCUGCGCCGUCGCAAGUACCGCGUGGAUCGGGAUGCCAGCCGGGGGCGGGGCCGGAGCGGCUGCGACUCUGGUGACCCGCAAGGGAACCCGGGUGCGGGGGCGCAGCUCUGGUGACCCCACCCCAGGGGAACCCGGG